UGCAUGCUGAAACGGCUGCGGGACGGCCACCUGGGGAUCUCGUUUGUCCCCCAGGAGGUGGGGGAGCACCUGGUGCACGUCCCCCGCGGCGGGCAGCCGCUGCCGCGCAGUCCCCUGGCCGUCACCAUCAGCCAGGCCGAGCUCGGGGACGCGUCGCGGGUGCAGCUGCGCGGGCCCGGCCUGAGCGAGGGCACCACGUUCCAGCCCGCCCAGUUCACCAUCGACACCCGCCAGGCCGGGAGCCCCUUCUCGGUGAAGGUGACGGGCGAGGGCCGCGUGCGCGAGAGCAUCACCCGGCGGCGCCGCGCCCCCCCCGAGGCCAGCGUGGGCACCCCCUGCGACCUCAGCCUCAAAAUGCCCGAACUCUCAG